AUGGGGCCGCGGAGGCCGCAGGCCUCGGGCCUGGCCCCGGGGGGCUCCCGGAGGCGGCGGGGGGCGGGCGGCGGGGCCCGGGGGGACUCCGAGGGUCGUCCCGGUGAGGUGGCCGCUUCCACCAGCCUGCCGCCGCUGGUGCGGGGCCCGGCGCGCUGCUUCCUCCGUUGUACGCUGGGCCCGGUGCUGUGGGCAGGCCCCGCGCCCCCCUCGGCCCUCGUCCGCCUCCGGUGGUGGGGGGAGACCUCGGGAGGCACCGUCCUGAAGGUCGGGGGGCCGGGGGGGCGGGGGGCGGCCAGCACCCGCUUCGCUGUCCGCUGCGGGCCCCGGCAGCUCGCUGCCUAUCUGACGGAUAUGGGCGUGCUUGUCCUCGAGGUGAUGACCAAACUCGACCACCUUCCAACUGGCAGAGUGCAGAUCACCCAACUGCCCCAGCUCUCUCCCAGCCACCCGGUCGGGGGGUUUUUCACCAUACUUUCACCAACGUCUGAGGAACUGGGCGAGCUGCAGGUUUCGCUGGUUCUCGAACCUCUGUCAGAAACGCAUGGCACCGGCAGCUCGGUCCCAGCCCCAGAGGGAAGUUUAGGUACCGCUCCUGCUCAGGGUUGCAGCAAGCCCCGGUUUCUUGCUCCAUCGCCGCAAUCUGAGCGUACACGGGUGACUGCUGCUGGCCAAGAGCCUGCUGACAGUAGCAGAGCCACAACUCCCAGAGGAAAGGACCAUUUAUUCUUUCAAGAGAACUCCGAAAACAUAAAAGACGUUCCUUCUGCUUCCCACCGCCGUCUGAGUUUACCAGAUGAACAUUUAAAAGUGAAUCCUUUAAAGCAGCAAGUGUCAUUUCCCACCAGCGCUGAUCCUGACGCGCCUCCCGGAACAAACACGCGUGUGUUCUCUUUGCAUAACCCAGCUACAAAGGACCUGCUCUCAGCUCUUCUGGAUCAAGGCAAUAAACUCCGCGACGCCAUGGUUGUUUCUGCAAUGAAGUCUAGCCCGGACAUGGAGAUUGAACUGAGCGAAGUGCCUCCUUUCGUGAAGACGGAUGGUUUCAAAGCAGCCGCAAAGAGCCCAAACGUCUUGAACUCCGAUUUUGUGCCUGCUCCUGAAGAUCCCUCCUUCACAUCUGACGUCACAAGUCAGCAGCUGGACCUCAAUUGUUCCAACCGUGCUUUAAAGAUAGUUUUAUCUAUUGCUGACUUAUCUCCUGUGCGUUUCUGGGAUCAGACAGGUUCCCUUUGGGAUUCUCUGUCCAUUGGGAGCGAGGUGUAUGACAGCGAACUCAAUGAUCCCCACUACGACCAGAGUCUCCUAGAGAGUCUUUUUUACACGGCUCCUAAAUCAGACUCCAGUUUAAGUGAUUUCCUCAGUGAUGAAGACGUUAACCCUUCCAAAGAAAUGGGCAAGACAAAAACUGUGAAGAAAGCUGAUUCUGUGAAUCCACAGAAGGAUUCCAGUGCCUUUGAUCAGGAUCAGAAAGUGACAGAAAUUAAGCCCAGCUGCUCUCCUACUGGACAACUCGUUCCUCUGGAUGUUGGCACAGAAGAAGUUCGCGUCGCUUCCUUGAGCAUAGACAAGUUGGCUUUGCUGGGCAGAAUACACCUGGCCAGAGUCAUCAUUGAAAGCUUGAGAAUCCCUCCCGAGAGCACCCAGAUUACACCGAGAAAGAAAAGUUUAAUGGGGAAGCCUCCAAGGCCUGCAUCAGUUAAUAAGUGUACCUUCUUCGUUGAGUACCACUUUCCUGUGGGAGCCUCCAAGAACGAAAAAGGACAGGUCUCCGUGACAACAGAAGUGAUUCGAAUAGCUUCAAGUAAAAUCACUGACGGCGUGGUGAAAUUUCAACAGCGGUUUGUGUUCCCUGUUCGUUUCGGUGGAACGAUGAUAGAGCACUGGUGGAGCUCUGACCUUGCCUUUAAAAUCUACAUGAGAAAAAGCACCCAGAAAAAGCCAGUGGCCGUUGGCUCGGCAGUGCUUCAGCUGUGCAAGGUUAUUCAGUCGGAGUUGCUCACUGUCAGCGACGAGAUACCUGGAAAAGAGGGAGAUCAGAUACAAGUUGGACCACUAAAGGUGUCGUUAGAGCUCGCUGCUGACAACAAGGACUUCACCUGCACCGCUGCCAGGUCAGCAGUGGCUGCGCAGCAAGUCCCAGCGCACGCCGUAAGAAGUCCCCGGCUGGAAAUCCGGGAGCCCAACAGGAAUGGUGUAAACACAGAGAGCUGCGUGAACUUUAGCAACCGUGAGGACCUCAGAACGGGAGCAGCCAGCACGAAUGUUGGGUGGCCACCACGGGCUGUAUCAACCUCUGUGGCCCGUAGUUUGAUGGCACAAACACCUGCAUCUGAAGAUUACGGGUUAUUGCUGCACGUGCUGCUGAUGGUGCCUGAUGGGAAGGAUUUCAUUGCUGAGCAGUACGGGCUCCACACUUCUUGCAACGUGUAUUUAAACUGCAAGCUGCUCAGCACAGAGGAGGCAACAAAAUCUGCUGUCAUAUGGGGCACGACACAACCUGCCUUUAAUUUUUCUCAGGUGAUGCCUUUUUCAUUGACUUCCAAGCGCUUGGAGCGACUGAAGAACAACGUCAUGAUUAUCGAAGCAUGGAACAAGCUGGGAAGCCCUGGCAGUGACAGGCUGCUGGGAUUAGUGAAGCUGCCUCUUCAUCAGUUCUACGUCUCAUUCAAGGAUCCAAAGAUUUCCCACCUGCUCCUGCAAGCUCAGUAUCCCGUGGUUGCUGUGGACAGCUACAUGCCCGUGAUAGAUGUCUUUACCGGCAGUAAAAGCGGAAGCCUGCGGGUCAUUCUGGCGAUGGGGUCAGCGGAUCAAAUAGUGGCACUGCAAAGGCUAAAAAAUGAAGAAGGAAUGGUGCCUCUCACCCAGCGCCCUGCCCACUCUCUGGACCCUCCUCCCCCAAAGCCCACAAUGGUAUUAGAGAGAGGGGAAGAACUGAUGGAGCACGUCUUUGAGAUUCACGUGGAGAGCGUGAAAGGACUCACCCCCCUGCAGUCCACAGUCUGGGGAGAGGCUGACUGCUACGUGCAGUACUAUUUCCCAGUUCAAGAGCCUGGCUCUGGUGCAUUGCAGGGAACUGAACUGCGUGAGGAUGGCAUCAAGUUAAAGCCUUUUCGCACAGCAACCGCUUUGUGCAUUCCCGAUCCUGUCUUUAAUGAUGAGCGUCACCAUUCCUUGUUGGUUCCUGCUGAUGUCCCAGUUCAGAGGCUCCUGGUCGGUGCAUUUAUGGCACCUGGAACAGUCGGAGGAGGAAUCCAGUUUGAAGUCUGGUGCAGGUAUUACUACCCAAAUGUCAGAGACCAGAUGGUUGCCAAAGGGACCUUGCCUUUGUCGCGGCUGUGUGCCAUGGUGACUAUGCAGCAUCGUGAGCAAAUAGACAUACAGACCUUUAAUCUUCCGUUGAUCCCGAGGACUGAUUCCUCAGAGGAAUUUCACCUGCAGUCUUCAGGCUUGCUUGAUGUGAGCGUGAGAUACCACCGUUUUGUGAAAACAGCAGGAACAACCGCUCGGGCUGUUUCUCUGUCUGUACAAAUACACAGAGCAGCUGGUUUGCAAGCAGCAGCCAGAGCUGUGGCAGAAAAGAACCCUUCGGUCCAGUACUAUGCAGGUGUGGGAGUUAACGCUUAUGUCUCUGUGCACCUCUCCUUCCUACCUGAGACAGAGAGGCGCAACACACAAGCUGUGGCUCGUUCUUUCUGCCCAGAGUUUGAGCACCGCAUAGAGUUUCCUUGUAACCUCAUCAUCCAGAAAAGCAGCGGAGAAGCCUCUUGUUUGGGAGAGCUCUUGCAGGCUGCCAAUAUCGUCUUCUCUGUCUACCAUCAGAACGUCAAGUCAGCCACUGACACAUUGGCAGCUCGGACAUCAAAAGAUUAUCUUCUUGGGACAGUUACAAUUCCAACCAGAGACCUACUGAGAAGAAGAUCAGGUAUUACAGGCUGGUACCCCCUUACCCUAGCUGAAGAUGUAAUGCCUUCACACCGCACAAACAUCAUGCAGGCCGUUGGGGGAGGACUGGAACUUUCUGUGACUUUUGCUCAUCACGGUGACAGAGAGCGUGUUUUGGAGGCUGCGAAGCUUCUGGGAUGGAACAGUGAGGAAAGCCCUGAGGACAGUUUUGAGAGUGACGAAUGGGAUCAGAGUGACAGUCCAGUGGCUGUGACCAUUUCAACCCCAAGGGUGUGGCUGCCUGUGCACUGCGUGCUGCUCGCAGGGCAGAUGCACCUGAACAGAAGCACCUACUGCUACCUCAGGUAUAAGCUAUACGAUCAGGAAGCCACGUGGACUUCGCUUAGGAGGCCAAAAUUGAGUGACGACGCAAAGAAAGUCACGGUGGACUUUAAGAAACCAAACAAAGUGACCCUCAGAAGGAGCCAAGGGCUGAUUUGGUUCUUCAGGGAGGAGAAACUAGAAAUCCAGGUGUGGUGGGCAUAUGGUAAAGAAAAUGAUGCGGAAAGACCACUUGAUACAGAUCGUCUCAUUGGAUCCGCCUAUGUCGACCUCGGAGCGUUAGCAGAGAGGUCAAGGAAAGCGCUGAGCGUUGGUGGAGUUUACCCGUUGUUCAGAUGCAAUGCUGCAGACCUAGCAGGGGCUGCUGUACGUGUUCACGUUGUCCUUUCUUCCACUUCUGCUGCCCUGACCAGCAGACUUCACUGUGCUGAGGAAUACAGCAGUAGUGAAGAUGAAAGCACAGAGAAAGCACCUGACCCGAGCCAACAGGUCGAAAAUCAUUGUCAGAAUCCGGAUAUCGUAAGUUCAGAAAUCCCCAGUGAGAAACCACAAGAAGGCGACGUGGAGUUUCUGGAAAACACAAUUGCUGUCAAUAUCCUCGUGGAAAGAGCAAUGCAUCUAAGUUUAAAAGGGAGUCCCCUAACAGAACGGGAAGUAACAGCACCCAGCAGCUGCGUGACGUUUGCUGUUGCUGGCGCGGAUGCUCCAGUAACGACUUCGGUGAUAGAAAACACAGACUCGCCCGUCUGGGACUUUCAGCAGCAAGCAAGAUUAUCCAAAGAACUUCUGCUGGAUCCACAGCAAACAUUGGUCUUCAAAGUGUGGCAUAAAGCAGCAGAGACUGAGCGAGUGAUAGGAUUUGCAUCUGUGGACCUUUCUCCUCUUCUUUCUGGCUUCCAGCUAGUGUGCGGGUGGUACAACAUUACAGACUUCAGCGGGCAGUGCCGAGGACAGAUCAAAAUAGCAGUUUCCCCCCUUCAAAACAUAAAUAAUCUCAAAGAAGAAAAGCAGGCAAGGAUUCGGACCCAGACUCCAAAUUCUUCAGUGAAAGACAGCUUUCCAAUGUUUCCCAGUAACGUUACAAGCUUUUCCAAGCAGAUGUCAAAUACCUUGUCAAAGGAAGUUAGUGUUCCUACUCGAGAACCGCCUGUUCCUGGCAGAGUGAACUCCCCUAAGACGCGCACACCUCGUCAUGAAGAGCAUAUGCAGAAUGUGCGCAGAUUUCAUGAGUCCUUGCAGCAAGCGGAAGGAAACGCACACCGGGCAGCCAAGAUGGACUCGUUAUCGCUGUCAUCACGUGCUUCUUCUCUAACUGCUCUCAGAAAAAACUUGAGUGAGCUGGAUGAGGUUCAGAGAUACUUCAGUCAGAAGCUGACCAGGUCUUUUCCUGACUUCAGUUACGGUAACACCCCAAGCCACGAAGAGCAGGAGAGUGAUCAUCAAGGCUUGAGCCGAGAAGCGGAUCCCAAUGGGUACCAUCUUCUGAAAAAGUCGAGUCAGUUGGUGUCUCAGGUCAGCAGCCUCAUCAAUGACUUACAGACCAUCACUAAAAAUAGUAAAGACUCUUCUGUUGGGCAUCAAGACAACGGCAGAAAGCCGAGUGCUGCUCGUGUACCCCACCAGAAGGGUGCAAAAGCCAGAACUGAAGUGCAUCAAGGCCAGGGUGAGUUGGACUCGACCAAUGCUUGCAGUGAUACGCAGCUGCCGUGCUCUUUUGGGAGGCACAUAUUGCAGGAGUUGCUAGACCAAGCUGUCCCUGAAAGCGAGCAUCCUUUGCCAGCGGGCUACAUACAGAGAGAUGAAGGUGCUUUUGCCAUCCAGCCGCACAGCGAAGAAGAAUGAGAGGAUGUUAUAGAACCACGAACUCUUAAUGAAAUAACAACCCUGACGGACAAAACCAGCCCCUGGUCCAGCGUGCUCUCCGAAGUGGAACUGGGAGCUGACCAGCAGCCCGUAAAUGCGAGGCCUGAAGAUCAGGGGGAUACAGAUUGUUUGCAAAAAGGGAACAGCAGGCGGAGCAGCUCGUUGUCCAGCGUACCGCAAGGUGACAACCGAAGCGUGCUCACCGCUCUUAGCCCAUGCAUCAGCCCCUGCGCAGAGCAGAGCAGUCCUUGGGCAGGAAUAGAAGGCUUGGAGAGCUUGAACGGUGUCACAGAAAAAUCUGAGAAGCUGCUUCGUUCUGCUCGUUUGUCAGCAGUGCAUCAAACAGUUGGUGGCCCUGUAGAAAAUGGAGAUUGCAACUGGGGUAGAACGUUUAAUGCUAAGCAAAUAAAGCACAAUGCAGAGUUCUGUGCGGCCUCUGAAGAACUUCUGGAAUUUCCAGGAGUCAUUGGUUUGACCAAUCGAAAAACCACAGCGAGAGAGAAGGAAAAUGGUGAGGUUUUAGGUGAAGAUCAUCAAGAUGAGGAAAAAAGUGGUUCCAAUGAGAUCUUUGCGAAGAGUGUAUCUGCCCGAGCAGGCUCAGAAGGAAACAGUGGUGGCUUUUCUGAUGACAGCCAUGAAGACCCACCGGCAGAGUCAGGAAAGUCUGAGAAACCAACAAUUGUUUUACCUGAUCCCGUUGUUGUUCCCAACUUCUUCCUUCCACCGCAGCAGAUGGAAGCCUCCAUGAGGAUGCUCAGCAUUUCUUCUCGUCCUUCCACGAGCGGACGCGGAGCUGCGCUGCGAGGAAUCCCGUACCGAAGGCCAAACCGUCAGAGGCUGGCGCUGGCCCCGGCCGCUCUCUCGGAAGAAGAAGCCAAGAGAAUCGCCCGCAUCUUCUCUGCUCGGCUCUCCAAGAAAGAGUAGCGAGGGUGAGAGCCCGUCCGGAGCGGCUCCAGCCUGCUGUGGGCAAAGGCUGCAGCCUCCGGGGGGGAGGAGAAGGCAGCAGUUGGGUUCAAUCUCUGAUGUUUUGCCUAAUUGGUAUUAAUUUAAAGGGAGGUAGAGCCUGGUGGUCAGCCAAGGGAAGCUGAGAGACUGCACCUUGCGAGGCCAGCGCCCAGGUGAGACUCAAGCCCUAGGCUAAGCAGCAGGGCGUCACCCGGCCUUCAGGUGCUCGAGUUCUGAGCUUUAUUCCUGUGAAAUUUCUCCAGUUACACCCCCCUCCGCCUUUUAGUUUUAUUUUUCAACAAGCUGGGUAAAGCGUCCCAUUUUGGGGCAGCUCCUCUUUCUUGAACCAAAGGAGGGAGAACAUUAAAAAUCGGCCGUCCUGGCGGGGAGCUGAGCACUGCUGCCUCCCUGCCCGCGUGUGCUGGGGACGGGGAGAGGAGAGGAGCUCCCUCCCCACCUCGUACACCCAAAAAUCACUGCUGGGAAGCAGUUUGCUGAUUCUCCGAGUGCGAGAGGAACGCGUGCACCCACGGUGCUUGUGUAAAUACAGACCCAGGGUCCUGUGAAAUAGCGGUGUGUGUACAGAAGCCUUUUACGGGAAAUGUGGCACUUUUAUAACGUAAAUUAUUUUUGUACGUGUUUGUCUGCUACCUUUUGGAUAACGGCUUUGAUGCAAACCAAGCUAAGUUAUUUUUUUGUACCGCUCCCCGACCGCUGUUUGUGUUUCAAUAAAAUUAUGAUUUCUUCUCG